AUGGCGAUCGCCAGCUCAGUCCAAGACGACCACGGCGGUGGCCUCUCACCGGCAGACUUUCAGGCGAGGUGCGCCGAAGGAGGCGGCGCCUCUUCCGUGGAGAUGGGCCAAGAGAAUGUGAUUGCUUCGCUCCUUCAGCAGCAUCAGGAAGUGCUCCGAGAGGUUCGGGAUCAAAGGAAGGGGCUAGCACUGUCACAGGAGAAUAAGCAAGAGAUCGCCUGGUUGGUACUUUCUUCCCUGAAGAAGCAGAGCCUCCACCGGCAAGAGAAGACAGCGAGCGGGCUUCCGGGCCCUCCGGCAUUCGCCUUCUCGAAAAGAACCAGCAAAAAGAGAGCCAGCACACGCCGCCGUCGAAAGCACUCCCGCUCUACCCGUGAAAAACCUCGAAGGCACGAACGAAGCAGGGACGAUUCACCACCAGGUUCAUACGAGCCCUCACCGACAAGCGACCACAACGGCACCGGCGGAAUCGCUCUCACGGGAACGUCCAGGUUGCUUCAUUUCUCACGGCAGGGAGAUACUGCCAGUGCUUGUGAUGAUCGCAGCAACGGGAUAUGUUCGACCUCGACAACGACGGUGAUACGGCAGAGGGUGGAGAAACCGGCGGAACAGGUCGAGGUUUCUCUGGACGGUCUCUGGCUCCCCUCCCUUCAUCCUUCGUCGGGGGUGGGGAGUCUAGGCAUGGCAGCAGGCAGGCGAGGCAGUGGCUUGCACGACAGGGCUGCCACUGCCGCGGUGACGGCGGGACACCGGGCGGAAGAAUCGCUUACUGCCGGACACCCGACGGCCGUGUGGUUGGCGUCGCCGUUUUCCCGGUCGAUAAAGACCCAGAACGCCCCCGUGGUUGGCGACAGAAAGGGAUCAGCUACCGCUAGAAGAAGCAGAACGCGCCCAGCGACAACGGUAGCCUCGCAAGCAGCAAGACGACGUGUCGUGCCGGGCCACCCAAACCACGAGGGAGGUGCGGUGCCGGCAAGAAGCCGGUUGUGUAGUAGUCGACGGAGAUUUGAUGGUGACGCGGCCGACGCCGAUUGUGUGCGAGGUAACCGGGGCGCGAUCCCGAUUGUGGGCGAUGAUGACGAGUAUGGUUGUGAAGAUGAGGAAAAUGAUGGCGGCGACGCGCCGCCUUUGCUAGGACGGGUCGUUGCGGAGGGGGGUCGUGGAGACAAGCAUGAGGAGGGCGGUGACGCCGCAGUGCCUAGGAACAUCAGCCGGGACACGGCAACCAUGCUCGAGAGAUCACGCACGCUGGUAGCGAGGGCAAAGGCAUACUGUGGCCAGACCGGGUUUUUUUCCGCCACAGACAAUACCGGUAGCACGGAAGGUGACGGAGGGCCGCACGAAAAGACGAGCAAGAGCUCAUGCCAUCUCGGCCCCCCGCCCGGGGCAGGGCGCGUUGAGGCGCCUGGCUCUGCCAAUGGUGGUGAUGGUGGUAGUGGCGGUACGGGGGAAGCGGGCUCCAUCCUGUACGGGCCUUCUUCGCUGUGGCCAACUGCAGCGGGCGCGUUCGAGGAUUGUGAUAGGUGUGGGGGUGGAGCAGCUGGCGACGGUUGCGAUGGUGAGAGCACCGCCGGGGAAGAAGCCGGGGCCAAGGAGAAGGGUCUUGAAGCUGCCGACGGGGGGCACCAAUCGGUGGGGGGGUAUCAAGGCGGGACCUCACAGCGAGCAAGGAGAGAUAGCGGAAACGCGCCGCCUCCGGGGACCCUCGCGACAGAAAUUGGCGCCAGAUCGCACGGGAUUGCAGCUGUUGAGAUCGAGGCAAGCUGUACGGAAGGGCCGCAGCAACCCGAGGUAUCGCUUCCCUCGCCCGUCAAUAGCGAGGUUGGCAGCGGCGGCAGUCGGGGUCGCAUGCGUGAAAGCAUCGGUGGCGGCAGCUGCAGCAGUUCAGGGAGUGGUAUCCUUAGCAAAGGGAAGAAAAGCAAACGGCGGGGGCAGGGGGUCAGCGGAGGUGGAGGCCGGACGGGCGGCGACGGUGAGGACGGCAAUCCCGCAAAGAUUGAUACCGAGUGGGAAAACGAGAUAGCCAAGAACAUCCUGAGCUUGUACCAGACCAAGCUCAAGGCCGACCUGGACGGCAAAAAAAACGCGAAGGAAGAGGAUCUCGUGCGCAAGCAGCGAGGGUACCUCACCGUCGAAGAAGAAGAGGACUACGCCCUCGAGCAGCUGCAGCAGCAGCACCAACAACGAUGUUUCUCACACCGUGCGGCAACAGCCGCCCCCGGCCCAGCGACCUCCCGGCGGAGCAACACGGAAGGGUGCGGUGGCGCACCUACCAAGCCAGGCACUGCCGCCGCCUCGCCAGUCAACGCCACUCCCACCCCGGGUAGGGAAAGAGCUACGGGCCACCCCGCCCGAACCUCGCCAUCUCGUUCUCGACGCCCCGUGACCCGGGCGGCAAAACCGAGGGAGGUAGUCGUCAGCAAGGACUACUCGUUAGGGCGUCACCCCCCACCGAUACUGGCUGCCGCUGCCGGAGCUCCCGGUGCCAACGGCAGCGCAAGCGGCGGGGGGGGUCACGCUACGGGGGCGGCGAAGGCCGUCGGCGGGGGGCGGGGCGGGUUCCGCGGCAGCAAGGCCAUCUCGGUGCUAACCAGGGGCGGGGGUGAGGCGGUUGUCAUGGUGCCCAAGCGGCCGCGACCCAUCUGGUUCGCCGGGAGCGGCGCGAUUCAGGCCGAAUGGUCGGCCCUACCGGGGGGCGCGCGCGUGAGCCUGGUCCGGUGAGAACCCGGCGUGCUCCGUCCCGGCUUUGUAGGGAUGCGAGGUCA